AUGGACUUAUCACAUUAUGAACUUCUCGAAAUACCUGAAAAAGCAACCCAAGAAGAAAUAAAACAGCAAUAUCAAAAAUUGCUACUUAUUUACCAUCCAGAUAAAUCUCAACAUUCUUUAGAAAAUUCCGAGGAUACUAGAAAAAACGUAAAUCAAAUUAUCGAAGCAUGGAAAAUUUUAAAAGAUCCAGAAUUACGAAAAGUUUAUGAUAAUGAACUAAAAGCCAAAAAACUUAAACACGAUGGAUUGUUUAACUCGGAAGUAGAUUUAGAUGAUAUGGAAUAUAAUCAUGCGACCACUGGUGGUGUUAAAGCAACACUUCUUUUAAAUUCAGAAGGUUCUCCAUUAGCUUUUGUUUCUGAUUCAGAUCGGGAGGCAAGGAUUUAUGCAGCUAUAGCAUCUAAUAUUUGGUGUACUUUUGAAAAAAGUGGAAAAAAUUUAAUGAAAGAUGAUGGAUUAAAAUUUUUAUUAGUAGAGUGUGAGGAGGGAAAUGUUGCUAUCACGACAGUUAGUAAUAUGUUAUUAUGUCUUGUCGCAAAACCUGAAGUCGAAUUAGGAAUAUUAAAGGCAAAGACUGAUGCUUUAGCUAGACAUCUUAAAGAGCCUUUUCAGCAAGUGUCAGCUU